AUGGCGUCGGGUUCAUCGAGCACGGAUGACGAGUUGACAAUUGCCGGGAAUGGAGUACAAUCUGCGGAUGCCAAGGCUGAUACUGAAAAUUCAUCCAUCUUUCGUACGGGAACGACAUGGCACAUGGCGCCUGAAUUGUGCCAGAUCAGGGAACGAGACAAAGAUGGCGGAGAGAAGCCCAAAAUGCUCGGUGUCGCUUGGCACGACCUCACCAUCAAAGGCGUUGGCGGCAACGCCAUGUUCAACGAAAACGUCCUUUCACAGCUUUUCCCUUUCCAUGGCCGUGGCAAAGGUGCCAAAACCAGGACCAUUAUCGACCGUUCAUUUGGAUGCGUUAAACCAGGGGAGAUGUUACUUGUUCUGGGACGACCCGGAGCGGGCUGCACCACACUACUGAACGUACUCGCAAACCAUCGUCUUGGCUACGAAGAAGUCACCGGAGACGUCAGCUACGGGAACAUGUCUGCCGUGGAAGCCAGACAGUACCGUGGCCAGAUUGUAAUGAACACAGAGGAGGAAAUCUUCUUUCCAACCUUGACGGUUGAAGACACCAUCGAUUUUGCCGCUCGCAUGAAGGUCCCAUAUCAACUACCGCCCGGGAUUACAAGUCAUGAGGAAUAUGUUCAGCUCCACAAGGAUUUUCUCCUGCGAUCGGUUGGAAUUUCUCAUACUGCAGGGACCAAGGUUGGGGAUGCCUUUAUUAGGGGUGUCUCUGGAGGAGAGAGGAAACGUGUCUCAAUUCUGGAGUGCCUUACGACUCGUGCUAGCGUCUUUUGUUGGGACAAUUCGACAAGAGGCCUUGACGCCAGCACAGCUCUUGAGUGGGUCAAGGCCAUCAGGGUGAUGACAGACCUCCUCGGGCUCAGUACAAUUGUCACCCUCUAUCAGGCGGGUAACGGUAUCUACGAGCAUUUCGAUAAGGUUCUGCUUCUUGAUGAGGGCAAGCAAAUCUUCUACGGACCUCAAGAGGACGCCGUUCCAUUUAUGGAGGGCCUGGGCUUCAUGCGUGAUCCGGGUUCCAACCGGGGUGAUUUCCUUACGGGCGUGACAGUCCCCACCGAGCGUCUCAUUUCCCCAGGAUAUGAGGACAAGUUCCCACGAACCGCCAACGAGAUUCGUGCUGCAUACGAGCAGUCCCAUAUCAAGCCCAGGAUGCUGGAAGAGGCCCAGAGCUACCCGACAAGCAAAGAAGCGGCCGACAACACGACUGUAUUCAAAGAAAUGGUUGCUCGGGAGAAGCACAGGGGCGUGUCCGAAAGGUCCUCCGUCACAACUGGUUUUGUCACUCAAGUAACGGCCGCCAUUAUCAGGCAGUACCAACUCAUGUGGGGUGACAAGGCAACUCUACUUAUGAAGCAAGGCGCUACCGUUAUCCAGGCCCUCCUGGGUGGUUCUCUCUUUUACUCGGCUCCCGACAAUUCCAUCGGCCUUUUCCUCAAGGGCGGCGCUCUUUUCUUCUCCAUUCUAUACAAUGCCCUUAUAGCCCUCUCAGAGGUUACCGACUCGUUCACGGGUCGACCCAUUCUCGCAAAACACCGCUCGUUCGCGUUGUACCACCCGGCAGCCAUUUGCAUCGCCCAGGUUGCUGCCGAUCUUCCGAUCCUAUUAUUCCAGGUUACACAUUUCGGCCUUAUCCUAUAUUUCAUGGUUGGCCUGAAGACCACAGCCGGGGCAUUUUUCACUUAUUUGGUCACCAACUUCAUGACUGCCAUGUCUAUGACAGCCUUCUUUCGACUCGUCGGCGCCGCAUUCCCUACGUUUGAUGCUGCGUCCAAAGUCUCGGGACUGUCGAUCGUAGCGCUGUUUGUCUACAUGGGAUAUAUGAUCAUCAAGCCUGAGAUGCAUCCAUGGUUUGUGUGGAUCUUCUGGAUCAACCCUAUGGCCUAUGGAUUCGAAGCUCUUCUUGGAAACGAAUUCCAUGACCAGAUUAUUCCAUGUUACGGACCUAAUCUAAUCCCCAGCGGCCCUGACUACGUUGGCGAAGGGGGGCAAUCAUGUGCCGGUGUUGUCGGUGCCGCACCUGGCACGACAAGCCUGACCGGUGAUGAAUAUCUUGCAGCCAUGUCCUUUAGCCAUAGCCAUAUAUGGCGUAACUUUGGAAUAAUCUGUGCCUGGUGGGUGCUCUUCGUUGUGCUUACAGUUAUCUUCACCUCCCGGUGGAAGCUACUUGGAGAAGGAGACCGUAAACUCUUGAUCCCUCGAGAGUUACAGCAAAAAUCAAAACAUCUUUUGCAGGCUUCUGACGAGGAAGCACAACCCACAGAAAAGAGUGUCAGUCCCGGCUCUGAUGCGUCGGGAGACAGCUUCGGAAACGAUCUGCUCCGCAACAAGAGCAUUUUCACAUGGAAGAACCUGACUUAUUCCGUCCCAACGGCUGAUGGCGACCGUAUCCUUCUUGACAAUGUCCAAGGAUACGUCAAACCCGGGAUGCUUGGAGCCCUGAUGGGCUCGUCUGGGGCCGGAAAGACAACCUUGCUGGACGUUCUAGCACAACGCAAAACUGCUGGGACGAUCCAUGGAUCCGUCUUAGUGGAUGGGCGUCCCCUUCCUAUCUCUUUCCAACGCUCCGCUGGCUAUGUCGAACAGUUGGAUAUUCACGAGCCAUAUGCGACUGUCCGUGAAGCCCUCGAAUUUUCGGCGCUAUUGCGCCAAUCUCGCGAUACACCCACUGAAGAAAAGCUGCGAUAUGUGGACACCAUUGUUGAUCUUCUUGAGCUAAAUGACCUUGAACAUACCCUCAUUGGUCGGCCAGGCGCUGGUCUCUCGGUGGAGCAACGUAAGCGUCUUACUAUCGGUGUGGAACUCGUGGCGAAGCCCAGUACCUUGAUCUUCCUCGAUGAGCCUACGUCAGGGCUUGAUGGUCAGGCGGCCUACGAUAUAGUUCGAUUCCUUCGCAAGCUUGCCGAAGCAGGGCAAGCUAUCCUCGUUACUAUCCAUCAACCCUCGGCGCAGUUGUUUGCGCAAUUCGACAAACUAUUAUUGUUGGCUGCCGGCGGCAAGACUGUGUACUUUGGAGAUAUAGGCCAGAAUGCGAACACUGUCAAGGAAUACUUUGGACGCUACGGCGCGCCUUGCCCACCUGAAGCCAAUCCUGCUGAACAUAUUAUUAAUGUUGUGUCGGCAAGCGCGAGUCUUGAUUGGAACCGGGUCUGGCUGGAGUCCCCGGAACAUGGAAAACUCUCCAAGGAACUGGACUGCAUGGUUGCUGAUGCUGCAGCUCGACCUACUGCAGCAAACGAAGAUCCACACGAAUUUGCCGCUUCGCUCUGGACGCAAACCAAGCUUGUGACGCACCGCAUGAAUAUCUCUCUUUUCCGGAACACCGAGUACCUCAACAAUAAAUUUGCCAUGCAUAUCAGCUUAGCGCUGCUGAACGGCUUUACCUUCUGGCAGAUUGGAGACGCACUUACGGAUCUACAGCAGAACCUUUUCACUGUGUUCAAUUUUAUCUUCGUUGCUCCUGGUGUUAUCUCCCAGUUGCAGCCGCUCUUUAUUGACCGCCGAGACAUUUUCGAGGCGCGAGAGAAGAAAAGCAAGAUGUACCACUGGGCUCCCUUCGUGACUGGUCUUAUAGUCUCGGAGUUCCCUUACUUGCUUGUCUGUGCGCUGCUGUAUUACGUUUGCUGGUACUUUGCCAGUGGCCUUCCCACAUCCGCUGACCAUGCUGGAAGCGUCUUUUUCGUUGCAGUAAUGUACGAAUGCCUGUACACGGGCAUAGGCCAGAUGAUUGCCGCUUACACACCGAACGCCGUCUUUGCCUCUCUGGUCAACCCUCUGGUGAUUACCACCCUCGUCUCCUUCUGCGGAGUGAUGGUUCCAUAUAGUCAAAUCGUAGCAUUCUGGCGAUACUGGAUGUACUACCUCGACCCCUUCAACUACCUCAUGAGCUCUCUGCUGGUGUUCACUACUUGGGACAAGCCCGUGCACUGCAAGCCCGAGGAGUUGGCAGUGUUUGAUCCGGCUCCUAAUUUAACAUGCGGUGAAUAUCUCACUGUCUACCAGCGUGGCGCGGGGAUGGCGACGAACCUUCUGAACCCGGAUGACACCCUCGGAUGCCGAGUCUGCCAGUAUACUGAAGGUGGAGAUUACCUGCGUACGCUGAACUUGCAGGGACGUUACUACGGAUGGAGGAAUGCGGGCAUAGUCGUUGUGUUUGUGGUUGGCAUCUACGGGCUUGUGUUCCUUAUGAUGAAACUCAGGACUAAGGCUACUAAAAAGGCUGAGUCCUAA